AUGUCGAAAGCAACCUUGGCGGUUAUUGCUGCUGCCAGUGCAGCCACUGGUGCUGGUGUAACUGCCUUGCUUUACUCCGGCAAGCCCUCGAAGCCACAGCAACAGCUGCCAACGCCUACCGGUGUCCACGCUUCGACCAUCACUCCCCCAACUCUACCUACCAAGACUACCGGACCUGUCAACCCGGCUGGAAUUCUUCAAUAUGGUUUCCCUGGCCCUGUCGCCGAUGAGCUCUCCUCCCUCCCCCUUCACGGUGCCUUUGACCGCCGCACCCGCAACCCUUCAUGGGUAGCUGAGCAUGUCACACCGCAAUCUUUGGCCCUCAACAACGGAGAUCGCAAGAAGAGCACUUUCUUCGAGGACACCACCAUCCCCGCCAUGUUCCGUGCCAAGUUGUCUGACUAUUUCCGCUCCGGCUACGACCGUGGUCACCAGGUGCCUGCCGCAGACGCCAAGUGGUCACAGGAAGCCAUGGACGGCACAUUUGCCCUGUCCAACAUGUGUCCCCAAGUCGGCGAGGGAUUCAACCGUGAUUACUGGGCGCACUUUGAGACCUGGUGUCGCGAUCUUGCGAAAAAGUACCCCUCCGUUCGCAUCGUGACCGGUCCGCUGUACCUGCCUCACCGUGACCCCGAUGGAAAGUGGCGCGUGAACUAUGAGGUUAUCGGUACCCCACCUAAUGUCGCUGUGCCUACACACUUCUACAAGGUGGUGUAUGCCGAGGACGGCACCAACGCACCCACUGCCAAGGUUGCUCUCGGUGCUUUUGUUCUGCCUAAUGCUCGCAUUGCGAAUGACAAGCGUCUGACUGACUUCGAGGUGCCUUUGGAGGCUGUCGAGCGCGCGUCUGGUCUGGAAUUCGGUUCCCAGCUGGAUCUGAGCCGCCGCCGUCGCCUUUGCCAGGAGGUCGCCUGCGAGAUCACUGUCCGCGAGUUCAACAAUGCUAAGAAGCGUUCUUGA